AUGAUAUUCCCCCGGCUCUACAACGCCACUGAGGACUCCAUUGAGUUCAGAUGGCAGGGCUUUACAGCGCGUUUCCAUCGUUUGUUUCGUUAUCAGAAUGUCGGGAACACUAGGGAUUUCGUCGAGAUCGAGGAUAUCGAGGGCAAGAGGCGGCACUAUCUUCAAGAGCGACGGUCCGACAAGUAUAAGGACGCCCUGUUUGUGUAUUUGGAUGAAUCCUAUGUCAACAGCAAGUCGUGGUUCACUAAUGGGGUGAUGGCACGCCGUGCGAAUAAGGGCAAGCGAUACUGCAUCAUUCAUAAAUAUCUGGAUGAGCUUUGUCGCCACUGCAAGGAUGAUUUAGAGUUUUCCAAAGUCGUGUUUGUCAGUGGAGAAUGCCAACGGCUUCAGAAGGUGAACGCUGAUAUCAACGUACUUCAUGCGCUCAACAAGAAGCAACUACUAACUACGACCUACCACAACGAUGAGUCCAACUUCCAGAUGGUCAAGGAGACGAUAUGGAGCUAG